AUGUUCAUAUAUGUUACCUUCACUUUGAUACCUCACAACCAGAGUUUCAACCGUGCAGGGUGUACUCUUGUACUUGAGGUCGAGGUCGGUUCACCAGCCACCACAUUCCAGGGGGAGUGGCUGGGGUGGGACGGCUCAUGGUGGUUGGUGUCGGCUGCUGGAGAGAAGGAGAGGAGAAACAAAAAUAAGCACAAGGCAGUGCAACAGUAG